CUCGCCCACUAAAUGAAGCAUAUCCGCCGCGAUCCUCCCGUACAGGGCUGUAUGAAGUGAAAGCUACCUACACGAGAAGAUGGACAGCUUGUUGCAUUACACGUCGGUGAACCAUGCCGACUGCCUCAUCGGAGAAAUCAACAAACUGCGGAGAAACGAACAGCUCUGCGACGUUCUCAUCAUUGUGGGAGACUACCGAAUCCCGGCUCACCGACUCAUCCUGUCGGCGUGCAUGCCGUAUUUCCAUUCCCUCCUCGAUGACAAACCGCGGGCGAACCGACCGGCAGAGGUUAUCCUCAGCGACAUUGACGGGGAGGCGACGAAGAACAUCAUCGAGUUCUGUUACACAUCGGCGAUCUCCAUCACGGAGGAGAACGUGUUGAUGUUGCUGCCGACGGCAUUCACGUUCCAGCUCGACGAGAUUAGUAACCUGUGCUGUGACUUUCUCGUGUCACAGCUCCACGUGAAGAACUGCCUGAUCAUCCACCAGGUGGCAGUGCAGUGUGCGUGUCACGAUCUCGAGCAGGAGAGUGCUGCGUACAUUCAGAAACAUUUCGAUGAGAUUUUAGCAGAAGAUUCCUUCCUGGAGUUGCCGAUCUAUAGUGUGUCACAGUCUUUAUCGUGUCUUCAGGAAGAAAUUUUAGACAACACCCAGGUCAUAGGUGCUCUCAGGAAGUGGGUGGAACACCAGACAGAAGAUAGACAGAAGUUUGCACCAGAGAUAGCAUACUACUUUCCAAAACUUGUCGACAAGUUAAAAGAAUUUCUACCUGAAGAUUUGCUGAUGUCUUUAAACAUGGAAGAUUGCAAUGCCGCCAGUCCUGCCAUUUCGAACCACGACGACAAUUCUCCAUCAAAGACCAUGGAUAGCCCGCUGUCCUACUUGGACAGUCCGACUUACCGACAUUCCAACAGCCCACUGCCGAAACAUUACGCGAACCACUUGGACGACAGCUAUGUGCCGACGAAUGGGCUGAGCAUUCCCAUCGGCUUGACGAUCAUCUGUACGAUCUGUGGCGAGAUUUUCGAUUCUCAGACCGAGCUCAACAUCCACCGGCAGGAGUGUGAGGAUUCCGUGCCCUCCUCCGCCCCAGCAGACAUCCCAGAAUUCCCCACCACAAACACUAACACCACGACGACGACAGCAAACUCAGUCGCGAAUACAACAAACAUUUUCUCCAGCAAACCAAACUACCUCCGAUGCGACGGAUCUCCGAAGCAUUCCGAUUUGCCAUUCCAGGGAUUUCCGUGCCCAAUCUGCGGGAAGCAUUUCCCAUGCAAGAAGAACUUGGGGAAGCACAUAAAGAUUCACUCCCAGUUCGGGUUCGAGUGUGAGGUCUGCUACAAGAAGUACAGCACCAAGUCCAAUCUUCAAGGUCACAUGAGGAUACACUCGGGCGAAAAACCGUACAAUUGUGAGUUCUGCGGAAAAGGUUUCGUCAGUUACUGCGUGCUCAAGGUUCACAUCAGAACUCACACAGGCGAGAAGCCGUUUCCCUGCCCCACCUGCGGCGUCUCGUUCGCCAAGAACAUCCACCUGAAGCGUCACCUACAGAUCCACACGGGAACGAAACCGCACCGCUGCGACAUCUGUAGCAAGCACUUCUCCCGUUCCGACCACCUGAAGCGGCACAUCCAGAGCAUCCACAGCGGGGCCAAGCCUCACUCGUGCUCGCUGUGCGGGAAAGACUUUGUCCGCAAGUACGAGCUGAACAAGCAUUUCAAGCUGCACUUCGCGGCCACAAUGGACGGGAGCCUGGCCAUCAUCGACCCCAGCAAUGACUCGUCGUUCAGUAACGAGCCCACGGGGACCGAGAGUCCACGUAAUGACGAACCUAUGGGAGCUGACAGCCCGAGUCCAGAGGCAGCUUUACAGGAAGAAAACAUCAUGGAUUAGGUUGUAGUUAUAUAUAUAUAUAUAUAUAUAUAUAUCUAUAUCUGUGUGUGUGUGUGUGUAUAAUAUAGCAGUGGCUGAGCCAGAAGGGAAGGAGAGAGAGAGAGAGAGAG